GAUAGAUAGAUAGAUAGAUAGAUAGAUCGUGCACGCUUGCAUGGGUAUAUUAGAGGUCCAGGAGCGGUAAAGGUAAAGCUGUCUCGCAAUACUCUGCGCAUUGAGCUCUCCGUGACCGUACAGACUCAGGACUUUAAACACCAGACACCGACUCUUACCUCAUUUGUCAGAGGUAAAUGUGAUAUCCGACAGAGGGAAAUUUCAGUACGUGUAUCAUGGCUGUGGCCGGCUGUCCAGAUUAUUUUCUACACCAUCCAAAUUAUCAGGGCAAAUGGAGGAGUCAGGAGGUACCGGAAACAGUCAACGUCUCCCUCCACCAUCACUAUAGCGAGAGACAGGUGUUAAUGAUAAUGACAGCCCAGCAGGAUAAUGUAGACCGGGCUGCCAAUCACAGACAAGCAGAUCUGAUGGAGCCAAGUUUUCAGCAGUCAACCAAUCGGAACUCACCCAGCCAUCAAGAGGAUGAUGUGGAUCUGGAGACGCUGGUGAAUGACAUGAAUUCUUCUUUCGAGAGUCUGUGCUCUUCUUGCAGUGUGACAACGGUAUCCACUCCCCUGCAACACAACGGUCAGCCACACCGGACCAACUGUCUCACACAAGCUCAGCCCACCUCCCCAAACCAGAGACUGAAGCGGUCCCAGCCCAUGCACAUCCUCGCGGUCAGAAGACUUCAGGAAGAGGAGCAACAGUACCGAACGUCCUCUCUACCUGCCAUCCCCAACCCCUUUCCCGAGCUCUGCAGCCCUGCCAGUUCUCCUACACUCAGCUCCGGCUCCUUACCUCAAUGUCAGCCCACAGGCAAAUAUAUCAUAAAAAUCUUCAGCGAGGAUGGGAUGGGAAAGAUGGUAGAGAUCCCUGCCGACAUGACGGCACGAGACCUGUGCCAAUUUCUCAUCUAUAAAAACCAUUGUGUGGACGAUAACAGUUGGGCACUUGUGGAGCAUCAUCCAGCCUUGGGACUCGAAAGAUGUUUAGAAGACCAUGAGCUGGUUGUCCAAGUGCAGGCAUCCAUGACCAGUGAGAGCAAAUUUCUCUUCAGGAAGAACUAUGCCAAAUAUGAAUUCUUUAAAAAUCCUUUGAACUUCUUUCCAGAGCAAAUGGUGGCCUGGUGUCAGGAGACCAAUGGGGCCAUCCCCCCAUCUCAGCUACUGCAGAACUUUUUAAAGUCCAGCAGUUGUCCUGAGAUCCAGGGAUAUUUGUUUGUGAAGGAGAUGGGCAGGAAAUCAUGGAAGAAACUGUAUGUGUUUUUAAGGCGGUCAGGAUUGUAUUUCUCAACAAAAGGAACGUCGAAGGAGCCCAGGCAUUUACAGCUACUUGCAGACCUGGAGGACAGCAAUGUCUUUACAGUUAUAACAGGCAGAAAGCUGCACAAUGCACCAACUGACUAUGAGUUCUGCAUAAAACCUAACAAAGUGAGGAAUGAAGUGAAAGAACUGAGGAUGUUGUGUGCGGAGGAUGAGCAGAGCCGAAUGUGUUGGAUGACAGCCUUCAGACUCUUCAAGUAUGGAAUUCUGCUCUAUCAAAAUUACAAGAUCCCCCAGCAGCGUAAAACGUUACUCUCACACUUCUCAGCACCUGUGAGGAGUGUCUCAGAGAACUCUCUGGUUGCCAUGGAUUUUUCAGGGAGGAUAGGCAGAGUGAUCGACAAUCCCAUUGAAGCUCAGAGUGCUGCUAUGGAGGAAGGGCACGCAUGGAGAAAGAGAAGUCAACGAAUGAAUAUCCUGGGCAGCCCCAGUCCGCUUCACCCCUUAUCAUUAACUGGAGUUAUCCACAGAACUCAGCUUUGGUUUCAUGGUCGUAUUUCACGGGAGGAAUCCCAUAAGAUGAUCCAUCAGCAGGGCAGAGUCGACGGAAUGUUUCUCUUGAGGGACAGCCAGAGCAAUCCCAAGGCAUUUGUACUUACACUGUGUCACCACCAGAAAAUCAAACAUUUCCAGAUUUUACCGUGUGAGGAAGACGGUCAAAUGUUCUUGAGCCUUGAUGACAGUGCCACCAAAUUCACAGACCUGAUCCAAUUAGUGGAGUUCUAUAUGCUGAACAGAGGAGUUCUGCCGUGCAAACUGAAACACCCCUGCACCACUGUGGCCUUAUGACCCCCCUAUGCCUAAUUCCACCUAAAAAAAAACACUCAGACGCUAUGUGUGCUGUGUUGUAAUACUGUGCUGCUGCGCUGGAGAAAAGCACACCGCGAAGAAAGAGAGGAAAUCAAAACAUCGAACGCAAACAGCAAGAAUAUACUGGAGGACAUAAAGCUUGUGUGUUAGCUGCUGAAGAAACUCUCAGGCACCUGCACACUUGACUGUGGCCGGAGCCGGUUCUCAGGACAAUCAUCCGAAGGGAGUCUGCAGGAUCCACGGUCUUAAUCAUACAGAUGUGUUAGUGGUUUUGGGAAGACCAGCAGAACACUCUUUAAUCAUAUGUUUUGAUUUUAUUUUACACUCUUAAACCAGGAUCUGCCAGGCUAUGGAAAUUGUUGCUUUUAUAAAUCAAGCAGGUUUAAUCGCCUUUUUAUUCUAGAAAGGCCUGUGAGGUGUGGACUGUCGAUUGGUGGAUUCAGUACUGUGAAAAGACAAUGCCUUUAGAUUCAUGCUUUCUAUCCCUGCUCAUUCGAGAUCAGUUUAAAUAGGAUUGGACAGGUUUCUUGUACGUUUUUGUAAAAUGUGGGGCUAUUUGCUCAUCUUUUAGAGCAUAAAACUCUCAUGCAUAAAUGCCUUUUGCCUUCACUGACUGUUAAAUACAUGGUUAGUCCAUCCAUCACAAAAAUAAGCUGCAGCGCCCUCUUCUGGCGUUAUCAAGAAGGAACAUGUCCCUUAAAGGAAUAGUUCACCCAAAAAUGAAAAUUAAUUUACUGACCCUCAUGUCAAUCCAAACCUGUAUGUCUUUCUUUCUAUUGUGAAACACAAAAGGAUAAAUUUGAACUUGGCCCUUUCUUUUUAUACACUGACAGUUCAUUGUGACAACAGCUGUCAAGUUUUUAAAAAGAACAAAAACAAAUACCAAAAAGCACCAUAAAAGCCUUCUAAAGCCAUACAAUAGUGAGAUUAUCAGUUAAUCAAAUCAAUCAAUAUAAAAAAAUCUAGUUAUUUAUUUAUAAAGCACAUUUUAAAUCAAAAGAUGAGUCAAAGAAUCUGUUCAGCUGAAACAAAUAUUAUAAAAAUAUAGGCAAAUAUAUAACUUAAAUGUUGGUUAAAAUUCUGUUAAAAAAAUUCUGAAGACUUGAAAAAUGUACUUUGAUUUACCUUUAUAAGUAAAAGUAAUUUUACUUUUAUGGAGUAAAAGUAAAAUUGCAUGCUUUUUAUGGUUUCUUUUUUUUUUUUUUUUUGGAGCUUGACAGCCCUUGGUUACGAAUAAGCUGUGUAUCAGUUCUAAAUAAAUUUCUACUUUUCUGAUCCACAGAAAAAAAUUAUAUCAUACGGGUUUGGAACAACAUUAGGGUGAGUAAAUAAUGAUAGAAUUUCCAGUUUUGGGUGAACUAUUCCUUUUGUGAGUACAAGCAGAACAUGGCUUCUCUGCAGAUAUCAUCACCACUUCCAUCAGGAAAGGUGCCUUGUUUUUAAAAAGGAGUUUAUUGAGUUGAGUGAGAAAUAACCACUAAACCCUCUGCUGGAAGCUCCUCUCUGUCUAUCAGGAGCCACACCAACUAAAAACUGGAAUCUCUAGAACUGCUGUCACCUUCAGUCCCAGCUCCAGUCCAUAUUGUUGUCGACUCUUUCUCCAUGUUUGGAACGAUUGUCUUGAGGACAGCACACUGUGAAGCCUGGGUUACAGAACACCCACAGAACGGUGGGGUUCCAAUUUCUAUUUUGCCUUGUCCAUGGUAGCGGAAGAUACAAGCAGAUUUGUAAAGAUAUUUUUGGUAUUGUGCCGCAAUGUUAAGAAAGAGCCAUCAUUUUAGUAUGUACUUAUAAUGUAUAUAGCUAGAUUAAGAGGGCAUAGCACCGUGUCUUCAUGUUCUCCCAAGAGACCAUUAUGUAGAGAAAUGCAGAUGAUGCAAUCAUUUUUAGUUUUGUUUUGACAAACGUAUUUAUUUAUCCGGAUUUGAAUGAUUACUUGAAAUUUAGUUUUUUUUUUUUUUUCAGCACUGUUCACUCCACUAUUGUUCUUUCACAUUUUCAUGAACUGUUUGGAUCUAAGUUAACUAGACAACUAGACCCCCUUUCUUGAACCAUCUAAUACACUGCAAAAAAUAAUUUUCUUAAUCAGUAGUUGUGUCUUGUUUUCCAGUAAAAAAAAAAAAAAUCUAAACAUCCUUAAAACAAGUUACAUUUAUUUUUCUUACCCCAGUGGCAAAUUGUUUGUUCCUGUUUUAAACAUAAAUCUAACAAAAUGUUGUGAUAUUUAUGCGUACAAGAAAAAAACAAAAAGAAAAAAAACAAAAAACAAUGUGACCCUCAGAGACCCAGCAUAGCAGAAUUGCGAUGUUUGUAAACUGCAAUUAAACAACACCUAUUUUUGGUAUUAAAAAUGGUAAAAAACAAAUUAAAAAAAGCCUACACAAAACAUGUAUCACAUCAACAGUUUUGGUGGGGAAAAAUCGCAUAUUGAAUGUCACAGCUUGCAAAAGUAAAAAGAGUCACCUCAAAUAAAAAUGUGCUUUUAAAUAUCAAGAUUUUCCCAUAGACUGCCAUUGUUUCCUGAAGCCCAAAUGCAUAAAAAUCAUGUUGUGUAAUCAGUGGCUUCCAAAAAACAUGUUCAAAGUGGAUCAAAUAAAAUAAAUCAUCAAGGUGUAUUCUUAAAAAAAAAAAAAAAUUGCUUUGUGCAGAUAUGGGUGUAGUUUGCAUACUGUAUGUAAUUUCUUGGGUUUGUGUUCAAAAGUGGGGUGCGGGGUAACAGGAUAAGAAAAAUAAUUUUUGUAGUUGCUUUAAUAUCACCAACAUCCUCUUGUAGAAAUUAAAUCUUGUUUUAAUUUCUGGCAAGUUUCUAUACUAUUUUAAGCUUCUCAAAAAAAACAGUAGUUUAGUUAAUGUCAGACAAGUUUAGUUAAAGAUAGGACAGAUCAUUCUCUCUUUACUUCCCCAGUGAAUGAUUAACCACAGAAAGAGACUGCAGGGCUUAAGUCAGCACUAUUAAAUGUCUGAAUAUUGUACUCAAUGCUAAGUGCUCAGUUAAUUCAAGCCUUUUUUGAGGUUCAGUGUGUGUGUGAAUGUUGAUUUAACUGCUGUGUACUCUGUUAAUUUGCAGAAGUCAAGACCCACCCGAAGCACAGACAUACACAGGCUUUCUCAACUUGACAUUUUGUUAUCUUUAUAUUUCAGGGUUUGAUAAGUGAAGCUAUACAAUCAGCCAGCCAAGAUCUAAACAUUUCAGUUAUUUAUGCCGUUGAUUAGCAUAUUCUGCAAUCAGUUUUGACGCACUGUGAUUCUAGUGUAACAAUAUAUUUUAGAAAUUUGGAUGUAUUCAGUUUAGAGAUAUGUUUUUCUGAGACAUCAAUUAUCAAGUGAAAAGAUUAUGAUUAUGGAUUUUUCCAUAUGGAAGUUAUAGGUUACCUAAAGGCUAGUUUACUCUGUUACUGGUGAAUCAUCUGUGUGAGAAAAUGGAACUUUAGGUAAAUUUUAGUACAUUUAGUACUUAAUUUGCCUGUUAAUUAGUCCACUUUGUGACUGUUGUGUGUAAUGUCUUUUCACAUUUCCAAACCCUCUGGAUGUCGUUUCUGAGUUAACAGUAAUACAUUGCCAUCACAUUGUCCGUUGUUUUCUUUCAUCUUUUUAUCUUUUACUAGAACAUGUAAGAUGCAGCUCAACUGGAAACCGCUUACAUUCCAUUCAUACACAAGUUUCUAAGUCUGUAGAUAUCACUCUGAAUUUUUGGAUGCAGAUUUACUUUCCACAAUGGCAUAUUAAAUGUAGAAACUUGCAUUUUUAUUGUUUGGUUACAUGUGUAAAUAUUGAAUCUGUUCUAUUUUAUGUUGCUUUGUCAUGCUAAUGACCUUAAAGAUUAUGUUAUGUUUUGAUCGAGCAUUAAAACUGGACUCUGAACUCAUUGAAGGUCGCCAUUAAGCUAAACUGCUGUUUUACAAAACUCACUUAUUCUCAUAAAUACACUUAUUAUGAAAAUGCUAACAAAUGUAUGGCUUGUAGAUACUGUAGAAUAUGUUUCUUUAAUAUGAAUCAAAGAUGGAACAUUUUUGCAUUUUCCCCAUUGUUUUUGAAAGAAGCAGGUAGCAUCAUUUGCGAAAUGUGUGAACUGAGAGUUGAUCGGUGAAAGAACUAAAUGUCAUUUUUAUAUUAAAAAAAAUGAAUGUAACUGAGUUGCUCAGGGUUGAAGUGAAGGCUGUUUAAAACUGGUCCUGUGGACCAGCAAGACGACUUCUGUAUUUGUUCUUUUUAUUAAACUACCAAUGUAAUUCAUUUUAUUGGGACUUUGAACACACCAGACUGUUCGUUCGAUACUCUGUUCAUUUCUUUCCUCUCUUAGUGAGUCUCUGACCUUCAAAAUACUCAAGUUUCAUCUGAAUUGACUGUAUAGGAUGUGAUGUAUCGUAAUGCAUCCAUCUAGAUAUCGACCGAUUUAAUACCAAUUAUUUUUAUGGCAGAUAACCAACAUGCAUAACCGAUUUUAAAUCAUUCAUCACUAUCCUGUAAAGAAGAACAGUCUGCUUAAUGAAACUAAUAUUGUGCAUAAUCUACAAAGAAUUAAUUGAACCCGUUUAAUUGCCAAUAUACACUUGUCCAGGGCUCUUCACUUAAUUAAUAACAAAAUGUAUGUAACUCUUUUGGAAUCUUAAACUUUGCACAAUGUGUCUUCAACUAUGUGAGUCCAUCUCUGUUUCAGGCUAUAUCUAACUUUUAUUGGUAAACCUGAUAUUAAAGAACCAAUAACUGAUGAAGUGUCAGUUAAAAACAUCAGCCAAACAGAUUAUCGAUAUAUCUCUACUUUGUCUCUGCAAUCUUGUCUCUGUUUCUAUAAGCUUAUGUAUAUCAGGUGCCUCAAAACCACCCUGGCUAUUCUCUGUCACUCUCUUUACUAAUGUAGACCUGAGAGGGUGUUCCUACUCAGGGUUUGGUUGAUCUAGGAUUUGUGAUCAUUUAGUACCAGUUUUGAUGGAGGAGGUCAUGCUUUACAUUAGUGUCCAUGUUACAAUGUAAUUACAAUGUAAUUACAUUAUUCAAUCGUUGGUACAGAGUCAUUUUAAUGAACAACAUAUAUAUAAUUGUAUUUUAAUAAUUUUUUGGAUCUACUUUUAAUUAUUGCUAUUGCCAUUAAUCAUAAUAACGAGUAUUGUGAAACAUGGGUACUGAAAUAAAGCAGACAUUCUGCUCUGUAAAACGAUACUCCACGCCACAGUUUAUCAGAAACUUUUCACAUCUUUUAGUAAUAUUUCCUGAGCUUUGUAUAUGUUAACUAAUUGUAAAAAAAAUGAAAAUAUCAUGACCAUAAAUAUAAGUUAAUAUAAAUAUAUACAAUUUCAGGGAAUGAAACACACACACACACAAAACAGAUGAAAGGAAAAAAAGGUUUCUCCUUUCUCCUCAGAUUCUGUAUUGAUAAUGUGUUUUGCUUGCUUAUGUAAAUAGUUGCAUGGCUUACAAAUCCUAAUUGUAACCUUUUCAGGUAUUUUUGUACAAGCGAUGGACUGAUAUAUUCUGUUUAGAAUAAAACAUUAAUUCAUCUCAA